AUAUGUGACCUCUGCACGCAUUCUCCAUUUGUUUCCGCUCUAGCGAGCAUGCUCGGCUGCCUCCUGAAUACUUAAACAGCACAGCUCCAAUGUUGUUUUAAUGUCUUAAAGCAGCACUACGCCACUCCCCUUUUUUUGUCAUAAUGCAGUGGAAGCCACUCAGUACUGGAGUUUGUCUUGGCGCAACUCUCCUCCUCUCUUCCCUUUCUUGCUUCCCGCUGCCAUAUACGGAUCUACUUGUGUUGGAGCGUACGCAUAUAUAGAGUCGGCGUCUAUUAGUGUUUUUGUUAGCAUAGCUUCAGUGUUCUUCUCCAGGCUGGUCUAACUAUUUAGGAUGGACCUUUGAGGAACAAAAGUGAACAGUAAUGCCAGUUGAUAUAACUCAACACAUCUCUUUGAGGUUGGGAUCUGGGAGGUUUUCAUGGCAUCAAAGAUAUCUGAUUGUUGCGAUGUACAAUGAUGUGACAUCACACACUUUUUUCUUCUAUCUUGGAAAAAGUCAGCUAAGGUGGAUUUUUUUGGGGGGGGGUAUUUCCUUCCAUUGUUUUCCUACUGACGGAAAUGGAACUAAUCUGUCCCAGUGUCCAAUUUGUCUUCAUCAAAAAAAUAACUCGCGCAUAGAAUUAUGUUAAGUUGUGGUUAUGGUAUGCUUUUAUUGUCAGUCCUCUCUAUUUGUGGAACAUAUUGAGGGACAAAAUAACUUUCUCAAGGGACCACAAAUAAUAAUAUUUUUUUAAAAAAACAUUAAACAAUAAUGCAAUCAUAACUAACCACCAAAUUCUUCUCCAUUCGUACAUACUCUUUGUUGUUUGGAAUGGUUAUAAAUGAAAGAGAUCUAAAGUCUCCCUUCAUCAGUGGAUCAUAGAUGUCAAGAUCACAACGUGCGUGAUGUUACAACACAUUACACAUUAGCUAUAAGCUAAGUUUAAAGUAAAUAAGCAACUGUAGUGUCCGUUGGCGAUUUUAUGAUGAUAACAGACAAAGGUGUGCUAAACUGUGCAUCUUAUUUUCUAACAUUGUUAGUGGUUGUGAAAAGAAGUGAACCACUGUGAAAUGCAAAAGUAUUAAAACAGUCCAACUUAACUUUGCCAACAAGUGAUGGCCCUAUGGUGAAACUAGAGUGUGUCCGCUUGGUGGUUAGCUCACUAGCUACUGGCUGUCAUGAAAAGCUAACAUAGUAAUAUUAAAAUCUUAGAACCCUCUUUCUUUAAUGAAGAAUGACAAAAGUGUGCUAAGUUGCACCUCUUGCGUCUUAUUUUAUACCCUUCUUCAUGGUCAUAUAAUUGUAAAAAAGAUAAACCACUUCAAACGACUAAAACAGGCUCGCUAAAUUUAACUGACACUUGUAACUUUGUGUAUAACUUAGUCUACUUACAUUAUUCUGCCGCAAAAAAGAACUGACAAGCAUAUCGGUGGUUAAGUACGUAGUGCUACGAACCAAUCAGUGGGGAUUCGGAUUGAAUAGCAAAUCAAAAUGGAAAAAAAAUGCAUCCCGAAUCAUAAUUUUCACAUUCGAAUGAAAACGAAUCAAAGUAUGCAUUUUAUUCUGAAAAGAGCUGCAAUGCUUUUGAUUACUUGAGCGGCCAUUUUGACUUAGGCCACUGUGCAUCGCUUCUGCGCACGUACGCAUUGUAUCUUCACUGAGCUCGCCAUAAAGUUUGUUUUACAAAAAAAACGAGCUCUCCGCUGAAGGAGGCUUGCAUUUAGGGUAGCUCUCCAAUGAGCUGCACGGAUACCAUGGAAGCCCCACCACGGAAGUUGUAAAGGAGCCGUUGCUGGAAAGGGGGACCACGGCACGGUGGAAGAUUUAAUGGGGAAAAAGUUGCUCAAGGCUGCCCUUUGUCACCGAUUCAAAACAUGCCAGCAUGCUCGCUUACCAGUUCAAUAGAUGGUUUUCAAAUAGUCAAACUGGAUUUUUAAUUUGUUGGACUGUUAUUUUGGAGUAGUACAAGGUGUAAGUCAUUAGUCUAGUCAUUUGUCACUGUCAAUACAAAUAGUGAUUUGAGUUUUAGGGGGCAAGUCUGAGCACUAUCAAAAACCCAUAGAAAAAGCAAAACGCACACAAGUAGGAUGAACUGUCUUCCUUUAGACUGAGCUCUCGCGUGACCGUCUGACGUCUCGCAUGAUAGUUGAGCUUAUCGGAAUAGGCCACUAAAUAGCCAAGCCAAGUUUUGUUUUAUAGCGUGACAGCAAAUUGACUGAGCAUUACGUGACAUUGGUUUUGAGGCCAAAAUAUGAUGACUGUACUUGCUCAGGUUAGUUGCGCUGCCCGCUGGUGUGAGUGCAGCUGAUAACACAGUCUUGUUGAUGAGAGAGCGAGGGCAAGCCAGAGACAUUGAGAGAGAGAGAGAGAGACAGAUCGAGAGAGACAGACAGACCCCCCUCAGGUUGCUUAGUAUGCCAAAUUCUUGAGCCGCACAAUGGUGUGAGGCGAGCUCCAACAUUAGCCAGCCUCCUCCACCACAAUGGGAGCAGAGUGGGGGUUUGUCGCUCAGUAGUGCCUGGCGAGAGAAGGAACUCACUCAACCCUGAGGUGGCGAGAUGAAUGGCAGCUUUGAGGAGUGCGCUGUUUUGUUUUUUUCAUUAGUUUUUUUUAGCACUUGCUAGCAGGUCGAAGUGGUCGUGGGAAGUUUUUCGACACGAUCAAGUCGAAGUGAACCACUUGAGAGGUUAAGUGUACUAGCUAGGAGGUUAGCAUCAUCUUCAUGAUGAUUGGAAGAACAGAAUUUUGAAAACAUUCGCAUCAAAAUAUUGUGUACAAUAAAGUUAAAAAUGAUCUUAAUGAAAUGUAAGGUUUCUACCCCACCCCUCCUGCCCUUCGCUUAUUGAAAAAGAACAUGAAUUUUGAAACUUUAAUUUUUUCCCACAAGUAAUAGAUUUUUUGUCAUAGAUAAUGUGAAAAUAAGUGCGUCCUUUUGGAAAGUGUGCCUUUUGUAUAGAUAAUGUGAAAAUAAGUGCGUCCUCUUGGAAAGUGUGCCUUUUGUCAAAACGUACUCUAUGUAUACACGAGCCGUAAUAUAUUUAAAUGUUUAGUACUUUGGUACUGGUUAGAGCGUCUGCCUCACAGUUCUGAGGUCCGGGGUUCAAUCCCUGGCCUGUGUGGAGUUUGCAUGUUCUCCCCAUGCCUGCGUGGGUUUUCUCCGGGCACUCCGGUUUCUUCCCACAUCCCAAAAACAUGCAUGUUAGGUUAAUUGACAACUCUAAAUUGCCCGCAGGUGUGAAUGUGAGUGCGAAUGGUUGUUUGUUUGUAUGUGCCCUGCGAUUGGCUGGCAACCAGUUCAGGGUGUACUCCACCUCCUGCCCGAUGAUAGCUGGGAUAGGCACCAGCACGCCCGCGACCCUAGUGAGGAGAAGCGGCUCAGAAAAUGCAUGAUGGAUGGAUGGAUAGUUAGAUCAGCUGCUUGCUUCGUCGCAAACCCCCUAGCAAACCCCCUAGCUCCACCCCAUUGUGGUAACAAAAGCCAUGCCUGGCUAAUUUCAGUGAAACUUGAAAUUGGGCUGUAAUACUUGAUCCUUGGGGUGUUAAGAUACCUGGAAACUGUUGUAAAUUGUGGAACAGAUGUGUAGUAUGGCUCCCUUAAUGUUUUGAUUUUUGUAGUUGCAAUUUUAAGUUGCUCUGCCUGAUUAUAAGUGUGUUGUUGAUGUUAAGAAUCCAGCCUAAAUAAAGUGCAGUUCAAUACAUUUGCAUUUACUUUUAAAAUGUUUUUAAAAUUUCUUUAGGCACAACUUUUAUUUAACUUUUGUGAAAUACAUUUUAAUUUAAUCUGAUAUACAGUAGUUUAUUUUUAUGUAUUUAAGGGGGCUUUAAUUUUCAAACUAUGCAUACUUCUGCAGUGGCUUAUUAAAUAUACUUUUUAGGCAUAAAACCCUAGUCUCAAAUUUUGAUGAAAACCUACUACGCUUAAUGUUGGUCAUGAUGGUGGUACUUUGAGAGCCAAGUAUUUUUUUAGGUAGUAUUUGGUGUAAAACCUUUUAAGAACCACUGAGCUAUUUGAAAGCGUAAUAUACAUUCAUUUUUACUCUGUCCCUUCUUUGUAGGUGUAUGAGGCUUUAUUUCGCAGUCCUGAUAUAAAAAGCCGUCAUGCUCAUGGCCCCUCCCAGUUGAUGCUAUGGCCCAGAUAUCGAGAGGUAAUGGGUUUAAGCUGGAUGUCCCCCAGCCAAAGGGGCUUGUGGGUAAAGAGGAAGCCCUCCGAAUGGAAGAAGAGGCUUUAGCAAAGCUCCAGAGGGACAAGAAGCAAACAUUUUCCUCAUCUCCUACUGCGGCGCCCUCCCCCAAGUCAAAGAAGCCCAAGUCCACCACCAUUGCUUCUGCUUUUGCUGCGCCCCAACGUUUGCCAGCCUCGAAGAGACCAGAAAAGGACCUCAUUGUGUUCCCCGAGACCAAGAAGCAGCCAGAGGCCAACAAGUUCAGGGACAUUGAUGUGGACAAGCUGACCAAUGAGGAGCUGGAGAAACUCCUGCUGGAUGAAAACUUUGGGGCCAACAGUAAAGUGUCCCGCCCGUCGUCGCUGCUGGGCUUUAAUCUCAGCGCCUCCUACCCCGGUGGCCAUACGUGCAGCUCAUCCCCUUUCCAAGGUUCCCAAUGGACGCCUAUCUUAUCCACGCCGUCAAACUCCACAGUGUCCACGCCCACGCAUCAGCCGGCACCCCUGUUCCCUUCUGCGCCGUUCCCCAAGCCAGGGGCGUUUCAGAAUGGCUUCACUCCGGCCAUGUCGCCCUUCAUGGCGCUGCCUGCCCAGCAGACCUCUUUCUUGGCCUUCACUCCCAUACAACCUGCCACUACCGCCACCACCAUGGUGUUCCCCCCGCCGCCUGCUGUGGACCCAGAGAUGGCAAAGCUCUUUGAUAAGAUUGCCAGCACCUCAGAAUACUUGAAGAAUGGCAAGUCGGCCUGCAGUGACCUAGAUUCCGCUCCAGUCUGCUCUGCCUCCCUGGCACCCAACCCGGCGGCCCAGCAGCCAGCGGCGACGGAAUCCACGUGCAUCAGCCGCUUCGACUGGCUGGAUCUGGACCCGCUGACCAAGCGCAAAGCCGACAACGAGGAAGCGGGCACGUCGCCGGGGGAUGAUCCGGAGGUGGCUCAAGGGCUGUCUGGGGGGGACCCCUGGGACGCAGUGCUCGAGACGGAAGGGAAAAGUAGUAGCAGCAGCACCCCGCUUGAGGGGAAGGCGUCUGGGUCUGCCCGGUCCCAACCGAGGAGGGCUUCGACAGGGGCAGCUGUCACAAGGAGCCACUCGCUCAACAUCCCAGGAACUUCCUCGCCGCACAAAGCCAACAGUCAGCCCAUGCAGGACAAGGGGAAAGGAAAAGGUCUUGUGAAGAAUGACGCCCUGGAACAAGAAGACGCUCAGAACCUGGAGGUGGUGGCCUUCUGCAAAGACGUUGCGAGCCUCCGCUCCAAAUUCCCUCACGGCGACACGGCCACAAACCCCGGCUACAUCCGCAGUCCCGUCAUCGCCCAGAGGGAUGCCGGAGGGGACACCAGCUGCUCUGUGAAGGUGUCUAUUGAGAUCUCCGACUCUCAGCAACCCGUGACCUUUACAUGUGACGUGAAUUCUCCAGUGGAGCUCCUGAUCAGUCAGACCCUCUGCUGGGUCCACGAUGACCUGGAUCAGGUGGACUUCUCCAGCUACCUGCUCAAAGUGUGCGGCCGGGAGGAAGUACUGCAGAAUAAACACAGCCUGGGCAGCCAUGAGUACGUCCAGAACUGCAGGAAGUGGGAGAAUGAGAUCACAUUACAGCUUCUCUCUCACUCCACCAUGAGACGGGACUUGGCUCGCACUGUGGAUGAUGACAACGUGUCCAUAAAUUUGGAGAAACAUCUAAGCUAUGUAGAGCGACCGUUUAAGGAGACUGCCACUAGACAAGGCUUGAUUGACUACCUGGAAGGUUAUCACAACCAAGUCAACAUCUGCCUACAAAAUGAGAGUACCCAGUACAAGACUGUGGACCGGGUGAUGCAGACGGUGAAAAAUUUCUGCUGCGCUCUGGACGAGGUGGAGACUCAGGCUAUUGCAGAGGGCGUCAAAAGGCUACGACACUCUGUCAACCUCCCCAGGACGCGCUCGCCCAAGAUGGGGUCCCCGUCGCCUGGGAAGGCAGCAAAUGGCCACGCCAGCCCAGUAGACGAGAGCAUGGCACUGCUCACCCAGGCCGUCUACAGCUUGGCCAAGCUCUACCUUCGCUCUUUCUGUGCACCAUCCACCUCAGUCAGCUCGCCCUUGCUCAACGGAGAAACGGCGGAGGACCAGCGAAGCAGCAAAGAAGCCUCCGGAACCACGGACCACCUCCAGUUCACCCUCUAUGCUCUUCACGGCAUUCCGGCCAACUGGGUCAGCAGUUACGAGAAAUACUUCUUGGUGUGUUCUCUCACCCACAAUGGCAAAAACCUCUUCAAGCCAGUGCAGUCCAAGAGAGUGGGCACAUACAAGAGCUACUUCUACCACCUCAAAUGGGAUGAGCUGAUCAACUUCCCCAUUGCGGUGGCAGUGCUCCCACUGGAGUCCGUCCUGGGCCUGACUCUGUACGGCGUUCUCAACCAGAACGCCGGAGGCUCCCCGGACUCCAACAAACAGAGGAAGGCCCCAGAGAUGCUGGGCAAAGUGUCGAUGCCACUAUUUGACUUCAGAAGAGUUCUUGCCAGGGGUACAAGGCUGUUAUGUUUGUGGUCAUCAGUACAGGGAGCUGCUGCUGGCUCUGCAGGCGGCCGCAAAAAGAUGCCAGCAGAGAGAAUUGUGCUGCAGGUGGAUUUUCCCAACUCUGUACUGGAUGUUUUAUAUGUGGGACCUCAGGAGGCCCCCAGUCCAGAGCCCAACCCAACGGAGGAGCUUGAUCCUGACCUCCGACGUAAACUGCAGAAAAUCUGCAGCCGAGCAUCCAAUUUUGGGCUUAAGCGGGCCGACCACCAGCUCCUCUGGGACUACCGGCUGCACUGCCGGUGGGAUCACCCCAGCAGCCUGCCCAAGGUGCUGGCUAGUGCGCCCAGCUGGGACUGGGCCAGCAUGGCUCACAUCCACUCGCUGCUUCAUCACUGGCCCCCGCUGCUGCCUGUCACUGCGCUGGAACUGCUCGACUCCAAGUUUGCAGACACCGAGGUGAGGCGGGUGGCGGUCAGCUGGGUUGAGGAGAGUACUGAUGACGAGCUGGCUGACUACCUACCGCAGUUGGUGCAGGCUUUAAAGUUCGAUUGUCACCUCAAGAGUGCCCUCGUAAUGCUGCUACUUUCCAGGGCGCUCGGCAACAUCAACAUAGCGCACUACCUCUACUGGCUGCUAAAGGACGCCGUGCAGGAUGCGGUGUGGGGGCGACGUUAUGAACGCGUGCUUGGCGCCCUAUUGUGCCUGUGCGGGACCAAACUGCGGGCCGAGCUGGAGAAACAAACCCAGUUUGUCACGUUGCUUGGAGCCGUGGCCGAGAGGGUGAGACAAGCCGGAGGGUCCACGAGACCGGUGGCACUUCUGGAGGGUCUUGAAAGCGUUCAAAACUUUUUCCAGAGAAGUUACUGCCGACUUCCCCUCUUCCCCAGUCUGGUGGCCAAGGAGCUCAACAUAAAAGCCUGCUCCUUCUUCAACUCCAACGCUGUCCCACUCAAGCUGGCUCUGGUUAAUGCAGACCCGCUAGGAGAGGAGAUCAAUGUUAUGUUCAAGGUAGGAGAAGAUCUCAGGCAGGACAUGCUUGCGCUGCAGAUGAUCCGCAUCAUGGACCGCAUAUGGCUGCAAGAGGGGCUGGACCUUCGCAUUGUUAACUUCAAAUGCAUCUCCACGGGCAAGGACAAAGGCAUGGUGGAGCUGGUGCCAUCCUCCGACACCCUGAGAAAGAUCCAGGUGGAGUAUGGCGUCACCGGUUCCUUUAAGGACAAACCGCUGGCCGAGUGGCUUCGCAAGUACAACCCUGCCGAAGACGAGUACGAGAAGGCGUCUGAAAACUUCAUCUACUCAUGCGCAGGCUGCUGCGUGGCCACCUACGUGCUGGGCAUCUGCGACCGCCACAACGACAACAUCAUGCUGCGCUCCACUGGCCAUAUGUUCCAUAUAGACUUCGGCAAGUUCCUCGGCCACGCCCAGAUGUUUGGCAGCUUCAAAAGGGACCGAGCCCCAUUCGUGCUGACCUCUGAUAUGGCGUACGUCAUUAACGGCGGCGAGCGUCCCACGAGUCGCUUCCAGCUAUUUGUCGACCUCUGCUGCCAGGCCUACAACCUCAUCCGCAAGCACUCCGGCCUUUUCCUCAACCUGCUGUCACUGAUGACGUCGUCGGGGCUUCCGGAGCUGACGGGUUCUCAGGAUCUGAAGUACGUUUAUGACGCGCUGCAGCCGCACAAUACUGAUGCAGAGGCCACCAUCUUCUUCACCAGACUAAUCGAGUCCAGCCUGGGCAGCGUAGCCACCAAGUUCAACUUCUUCAUUCACAACCUGGCCCAACUGCGCUUCUCUGGUUUGCCGGCUAACGACGAGCCCAUCCUGUCCUUCUCGCCCAAGACGUACACCAUGAAACAAGAGGGCCGCAUCCUCCACGCCGCCAUCUUCUCCUUCCAGAAGAGAUACAACCCAGACAAGCACUAUACGUAUGUAGUGAGGCUGCUCAGGGAAGGCCAGAACGAGCCCCAGUUUGUCUUCCGCACUUUUGAUGAGUUUCAGGAGCUUCACAACAAACUCACCAUCAUCUUCCCGCUCUGGAAACUGCCAAGUUUCCCGAGUAAAAUGGUCCUGGGCCGCACCCACAUCAAGGAGGUGGCUGCCAAGAGGAAGCUGGAGCUUAACAGUUACAUCCACAACCUGAUGAGGAGCUCUGCCGAGGUCACACAGUGCGACCUGAUCUACACUUUCUUUCAUCCGGUGGCGCGGGAUGACAAGACGGAAGGUUUGGAGGCGACCUCAAGAGUUCCUGACCCCCCAUUGAGUCCUACUUCGGGCCGCGUGGAAGGCGAGGUGAAACUGUCCAUCUCGUACAGGAAUAGCACACUCUUCAUCAUGGUCAUGCACAUUAGAGAUCUGGUGUCUGAAGAGGGGACGGAUCCCAACCCAUACGUGAAGACAUACCUGCUCCCGGAUCCCCACAAGACCUCCAAGCGGAAGACCAAGAUCUCGAGGAAAACCAGAAACCCAACUUUCAACGAGAUGCUGGUGUACAGCGGCUACAGCAAGGAGACGUUGGGCCUGCGUGAGGUGCAACUCAGCGUGCUGAGCGCAGAGUCCCUGCGUGAGAACUACUUCCUGGGUGGGAUCACACUGCGCCUCAAAGACUUUGACCUGGGCAAGGAGACAGUCAAGUGGUACAAGCUCGCUGCUGUGCCCUACUUCUAAAAAAAAACAAAAAAACAAAAAUCCCACCUGGAUUGUUUCUGUGACAAAACAAUCUCAGCUUCCUUUUUUGUCUCUCCUUCUAAACUUUAACAAUGAGCUGUAAUGUUUUGUACAUUUUGAUAUUAGAGGACCAAAACUGCUCACUUACUCAAGAGUAAAUAUAAAUAUAUAUAGAGAGAUAGACGUGUUUAUUUUUUAAGGACUAGAAAGAAAAGGGUUUUUUACAGGUUCUCCUUCCUUUGGGGGGCGUCACAGUUUGCUGCUUUUACCGCAGAUACUUUGGGGUAGUUUGACACAUCAGAUUCCAAGUAAUAAACUACAGGAGUCUCCCUGAAAAUGUAAAGUAUGUUACUUUUACUGCAGACACUCUUUGGGUAAUUUGACACAGCAGAUUCCAGGUAAUAAACUACAGGAUUUUCCCUGAAAAUUUAAAAUUUGCUGUUAUUACUGCAAACACUUUUGGGUAGUUUGACUCACCAGAUUCCAGGUAAUGAAUUACAGGAUUCUUCCCGUAAAUGUAAUGUUUGCUGUUUUUAUCGCAGACACAUAUGGUGUAGUUUGAGAGAAGGUUCAAGGUAUUAAACUACAGCAUUCUCCCUGAAAAUGUGCCAAAUUUAGCCGAAAAGGGCGGCAAAAUCCGACUACUUAAACAGGUGCCUUAGCGAUGAAUCACAAUCUCUUUUAAUGUGGCCUUACUGUUAGAUUUUUUUUCAAUAACCUCACAAGUCAAUAUAUUCUGAAAAUGUCAGUUUUUUGUUGUUGUUGUUGGGUUUCUUGGGUAAAGAUGGGCUUCCACUAAUUGCAAACUAGCUGGUAUUAAUGGAAAGAGAGCACACUUUUAGGGGAGUUUGGGACUUCACUUCCAGUGCCUACACAUUCAUUUGGAAUGUUCUGGGUUUCUCCCAAUCAGCACUUUUACACACUCACACAUGGAAAUAGAAGAAGGGAACAAGAAAACUCACUAAAGAUGUUUUCCAGCUCCUUGCAAGUGUCUUCACAGAUCAUGACUAUAAUGACCAUUCAUGAAAAAGCGACACUUACUUUAAUGAUUAAUACCAACUUGGUUCCCUCUGUUAGUGUCUGUAUAAACAGAGUGUUUGUGUUAACAUGGCCAGUUAUUUAUUUUUAAUUGGUGACUUGUAACUCCCCCCCCCCCCCCCCCUCAACGGAUCAGUGUGUGUACUGUCAUCCCUCUUUCCUAAAGCAAAUUAAAUGUUUUUGAAACAAA